GGGAGGUGGGUCAGGCGGAGCGCAGAGUCAGAGGGUUUAUUUAACUCGUCGCUGUGUCCUCCCCCCUCCCACUUCCCCAACGCGCCACCAAGAGGGUUUGCCUUUCUUCCACGUCAGGACUACGGCGUGGAAAAUCGCAGGGUCCAACCCGAAACUAUUUUCACGCGUAAAAACACCGUUUAUAACGGUUCGAUUCCGCUUUGCCUUUUGGACGCUGCAGAUUAUAUAUAUAUAUAUAUAUAUAUAUAUUUCUUGCGGCAUUUCGGUAUAUUUUACGAACUGCUCCCACCCCUGUCAACCUUCAGAACUCUUGAAUACAUGCGUUUGUAUUUGUAACCUCAUUGGAGAAAUUGAAUGCGAUUGGAUUGAAGAGAAUGGAGCGAAUCCCCAGCGCGCAUCCGCCUCCUCUGUCCAAACUCCAGGUGGAUCCGUCCGACUUGCUGGGGAUGGAUUUUCCGAUGUAUGUUUAUAAACCCAGACGAGGAAUGAAGAGAGGAGAGGAGAGCAAGGAAACCUACAAGCUGCCUCACAGGCUCAUUGAGAAGAAAAGGCGUGACCGGAUAAACGAGUGUAUCGCUCAGUUGAAAGAUUUAUUACCGGAGCACCUGAAACUCACGACUCUGGGCCAUCUGGAGAAGGCUGUGGUUUUAGAGCUCACGCUCAAGCACGUGAAAGCCCUCACCUCUGUUCUGGAGCAGCAGCAGCAGAAGAUCCUUGCUCUGCAGAACGGCAUGCAAAUUGAUCAGCCUGCUGUCAACCAGGAGAAGUCAGAGGAGAUGUUUCGCUCUGGCUUCCACAUUUGCGCCAAGGAGAUGCUCCAGUAUCUGGGCAAUCAUGAAACUGAUGGAGAUUUCGCACCAUCCCAUGUGAUCACUUACCUUCAUAAAUUGGCCGCAGAGGUGCUGCAAAGUCCGGUCCAACCAGGAACUCCUCCCAGCUCACAAUGUGAAGAAAUUCCUGCCUACCACCAGCACCAACCUAACAAGGAGACGCCCGCCGGCUUAGCCCCUAAACCCAGCGAGGGCUACGGCAGGAACUGCGUACCCGUCAUCCAGCGGGCGCACGCUCCAAUCAGCAGUGAGCAGAGCGGCAGUGAUACGGAUACAGACAGCGGCUAUGGUGGCGAGCUGGAGAAGGCUGAUUCCGGGGCGCAGCAGGGACGCCCAGAUUACUACGGUCAUGAGAGCCAGCUGAAGCGAGCGCUGGGCGAAAGCCAGAGCUCCAGUAUCAAGCAGGAGGAUGAGGAGCCUCGCCAAAAACGCCCCCGGGCGGAGUCGCCAGAGGACGAGCCGCUCUCAGGGAGAGAAUCGUCAACCUCAUCGUCCUCCAGCAGUUAUGGCAGUUACAUGAGCGUCUCCCCCAACCGUCCAACUCCCCCGCUUCCCCUCUGCAUGCCUUUCUACCUCCUUCCACCUUCUGCUGCGGCCUACCUGCCAAUGCUGGAGAAAUGCUGGUACCCCGGGGCCAUGCCCAUGCUCUACCCUGGCUUGGGAGGCUCUGCAGCCGGGAUGCAGAACGAAAGACCGCUUCCACCUCAGCUGGUAGUGUCUCCCGGUGGGGGCUCACCUGCCCCAGCCGUUGCUCAGACCCCCAUGGACUCCCCUGCCCUCCUUCAGGCGUUAAAGCAAGUACCACCCCUCAACCAGGAAGCCAAAGACUGAGAGAAUAGGGCGACGAGGUGAUCCUGUUCUAGUGCCCAGGAGUUGAGACUGUGGUAGGAACGAAAAGGUGGCCGAGCCUUUUCAUAACCCAUCCGCAUUCCUGUUCUCCGUUCCUCAGCCUGGAGUUAAAACUUUAAGCUGGAGGACUUUUAUAUAUGAUCAAGAGGAGAUGGAGGCGAAAGCUACAUCCGUCCACACUGGCAGAAUGCAAUGCUCUGAUGAAUGUUAAAUGCCCAGUGGUAUAAAUGUAUCGUAUAAACUGGACCUGCCCUACAUACACACACACACACACACACACACACACACACACACACACACUUGGUUGAAUGUAAAGAAAGAUACGUUUUAGAUGCUGCUAUUAAAGUUUAAACGCCAAUGACUGAUGCAUCUUGUAGCUGCGAUAGAGACACGCCAUCUUUGUACUUUAGAAAGUGUUUCACCAAAUGUUUUGUGGUAACCCUUCAUCCAAAGUUUGUUGACCAUGUCCUUUAGGUCACCAUCACGCUCAUUACUGAGAAUGCCCUUUGAACCCUUUGACACUAUGAUGACUGGCAUCAUAAGAUACACGGAUUUCCUCAAAUGUGGACAUAUAUGAGUGAAGGUACACCCAAUGAAUGCAUGGAUGUAGACAUGGGCCACCACAUGACCACAAAUAAUGACAAGUCAAACAGACCGUUCAGAUGGAUUUCCUGUAAUUAUUGUUCAUAGCCUUCUUGUACAUUUCUAUUUUUGAUACCUGUUCUUGCACUCGGUCCAUUAGGAGAGAUGGGAAGUGGGCAGAGUGCAGACAAUUGUACGUUGUGUACUCAGAAAACUGUGUACAUACUGUAGCACUGUGCUGGACCUGGUCUGCAAACUCAACAUCUGUUUCUGCUCAAGUCAAACCUGGUGUUUGUUUGUGCUGUUGCCUUUUACUUGUGAAAAGUAGAUAAAUCUCUCAGAUGUUUAUUCUUUGUACUAUGAAUGAGUACUGGAGUCAAAUGGGUGAGGAGAACAGAAGUUGAAUGUAAACGUUUUACCAGAAGACUAGUUUUCUAUAGAAAGAGGUACAUGAGAUUUUAUAUUUUAGGACCUACGUGAAAGAUGUUUGUUGUACAUAUUUUGUCUAUAAAUGUUGGUAUACAUUAUAAUAAGUGUAAUAAUAAAGUAUUUUUUUUCCGUGGAAAA